UCACCAUUUUGAUACUGAUGGUGUUGGUGAUGUGGAGGCUUGUGUCUGUAGAGUCAGUGGAGUUUCAUUCAUUGUUAAUAUUUCUGUUUACUCCUGAUGCAGGUGUACAUUAAACCUUCUCCUUCUGUGUAGUAUGCCUGCUUUCUUCAAUCUUGAAGAUCCUAGCAGAACGAGGGAUAUAUGAGGGAUAUUCAUUAUUUCUUGCAUCCAUGGGCAUAUAUUUCUGCAGGACUUGCAGGCCUACAGGUGCUUUGGAUUGCAUCGUGAAAUAGCCUGUUUGGUAAACGGGUGCAGGAUUUGGACACUACUGGACUGAUCUAAUCAUCUAUAGUUUGAGAAAGAAAACAGUUGAUAUCUAAUGGAUUUCCAGCUAAUCAAAACGUGUUGAUCUGAAACUUCCCUUGAUGAAGCAGACCCUCGGUGCUAGGACAGGAUUAACGCCGCCGAAUGAACCUUUCCUGAUGACGUUUCUGGAGGAUAUCACUGACAUUAGCGGGAUUAUCCUCGGAAAUGCCUUCUAGUGUUCCAGUAGUCAUCCAUAGGGAUUAACGGCUCAAAGGCGGCGAAAGUGAUGCGUAGGAGAAGCUUGAACAUCUUUCCAGUAGCACAGUCUGUAAAAUGUCCUAAAUUAUAACAGCCACGACAGUAUGAUGUGAUAUGCUAUCCACUUGUUCUUAUCUGGUGUAAGAUCAUGCAAUAUUGCUAGUUGAAUUUUUGAUGAAAGGGCAUUGCCUUUCACUGUUUUCCAUGGAUACCUGCUUCUGUUUAUAUCUUAUCUGACACUCUAUCAAAGUCAGAGAACUAUGAGAUUAUUAUGUUGCGAUUAUGUAGCACUUGGUGACUCAGUGUUGGUGGUGGUGGUGUUCUUAAAGGCAGUCAUAGACGGAACUAUUACAGCAGUUUGUAUCUGAGUCGGCUCUGAGCAAACAGACGAUUGUGAUAGUCCCUGAUUAGAAUAAAGCUUUAAUAGGAUCACAAUACAUUUCAGUGUAGAGUGAGAUUCUGUGAUUAUAAUUAUUAAAAAAAAAGAGAGAUUCACACAUGCGUUUCUUGAACUGAUUUCUACAUACUCGUGUUGGAACUGUUUAAGAGCUUACAUGUACAUAUGUAAUUUUGGAAUCCCACACAUUUCAACCCUUUUCAAUUGAUGAACCAGCCAUCUUUGAAGAUAAUUCUUUUCCUGAUCAUUUGUCAAGAAUUGAGUGAAAUACUUUCCUUGACGUGUGAAAAGUGCUAGAGAACGGGACUUUGUCUCAAUGCCAAUGACCAGAAAGCCAAGGGUACUCCAGUCUGACUUUGCUCUAGAAGUUACCGCAAUUUGAUCAACAAUAUCUGUUUGAGACUGAAAAUUUGCUUUCUUUGAACAGCUUGAGGCAUUCAAAAUAGGAGCAUCGAACCCUCUUAAAUUAUCGCAUGUUGUAUGACAGAUAUUGACAGUUUUUAAUAGGGACAUCACAAUGGGAGUCAUCAAGGGUUUCUGUAUACUGUUUGCCAGCGGGAAGAAUGUCUUCACAGCCAAGGAGCACGUUGCAGGGGAAGUACUCAUUACGCUUGCUGAACCGAUGAAAGUCAAGACUGUGGAGGUCACCUUACGAGGUCAUGCCAAGGCAACGAAGAGUGGAAAUCUUUUGAAACCCGGAGAGCAAGAUAAGACCAAGCUAGGCCAGGUUGUCAACGAGUAUUUGAAUACUAAACUUCAACUUACAGCGGGAUCUUCCACGUUGCCUUCUGGACAGAGCAGAUUGCCAUUCUCAUUUCUGCUACCUGAAGGACUGCCAACCUCCUUUGAGUCGAAACACGCGAGGAUACGGUACUGGCUUGAAGCAGCCAUUAUCAGGGCAUCAUGGUUCAAAUCUAAGAGGAGAACCCUUCAAGGUUUUACCAUCAUCGAGCAUGUCGAUGUCAACCAACCUGAGCUAUUGGCACCAGUUCAAGAGUCAAGAGAGCAUACAAUCGGAUGUUUAUGUAGAAAAUCCUUUCAAGCCACUGUCACAUUGAACAGGAAGGGCUACUGUGCUGGAGAAUCCGUACAAAUCAACCUAGAGCUAGUCAACGGCACCAAGAAGUCUCUCCAGUCCCAGACGACGUUCCUGCAGAAGAUAGAGUACAGGGUCAAAGGUCGAACACACACGGACUCGCAGCAGAUCAAUGCCCUGGAUCUUGGCGUGGUGCAGCGGACACAGCGUCAGUUCUCAGGAAAUUACUACAUCCAAGUUCCUUCCAUAGCGCCCUCUAUAAACUCAUGUAAGAUCAUCACCGUUGGGUAUGUCUUGCAGUUUACAAUCUCAAUCCCUGGUACCAAAGAAAAGGUGAUAUUUGACUGUCCCAUAGCUGUUGGUACCAUCCCAUUCAGACAGGGACCACCUAUCAAUCACCACCCAAGCCCCCCUCUGCAGCAACCGAGUCCAGGUCCUGGUAUUGAUAUGGGGGGAUUCUGUGUGGAUAUGCCUCCACUCAUAGACUGGCCCUCCAGAGAGUUUGGUCCCCCCUUGGACCUAGCACCCAACUCCUACCCAUCCUGCGCACCUCCGCAGUAUCCAGGAGGGCCUCUGAAUGAAGAACCCAACCUCCCAACCGCACCUCCGCUACCGGAAUACGAAUCUGGAUCGGGGACGUUUACCGCAAUGGAUAGGACCGCACUGACACCUCUUCGGAACGCCCCUGAGCUGCCAGAGUUCCACAAGUCAGCAUCUGAGGGGAGAAUCAAUGCUGCCUUCCUGCAGAUGGGGAACCAUCCUCGAGCCCCGCCAGUUGCUCCUAAACCGGCCUCACCAAGAACUAGUCGGUCCUCUCCUUCUACUCCUAAUGGCAACCCACUGGUCCUUCCUGGAGAUCCUGCAGCAGUUAGACUCAAGCCCAACAGACCUGCUCCUAAAAAGUCAGUAGGCAGAAAGCAAGGCUCGUCCCCUUCUCCCGAGUUACCCCCACCUAAAGUUUCACCUGGUCGUCACAUCUUUCAGGAAGGAGGGGAAGACUGUGCUCAUGCAUAUGCAGAGUGCAUCUUUACAUCAUCCGAUCAAGAAGAUGGAGGCAGAGGAAGGGGCGGUGGAAGAGGUGGAGGAGGAGGAGAAGGAAAGGUGGAGGAGUACGACGAUGAUGUAGAGGAUCAAGACCCUGACACAUACACCUAUGUUCCAAUCUAUGCCUACUCCAUGCCAAAUCUUCAAGUUAAUGGGACCAGUUGAUGUGAUGGUCCCGCACCAAGGAGGGCAGUCCCAACAUGGGAACUUGUACAUUAUCAGGCAUGGUGGCUCGGUGGUUAGAGCAUCUGCUAUACAAACAGUAGGCCACAGGAUCAAAUCCCGGCCAAGUCAUACCAAAGACUGCAAUUGGACAAUUAGAGCUUCUGCAUUCUUAACUAGGGGACGCGGAUCUUGAUUUAGGACACCCCAUUGCAGCAGUCAGGCAUAUGCUUCUUCCUUCUUUCCGAGAACCCGCAAGGACUGGAACAACCUCCAACAGGAUCCAGCCCAUCCCCCCUCGGUUGAUGCCUUUAAGGCCUUCUUGAGUGGUAUCCAGAAUUAACCAUUGCUUGCACAUGUCGUCGCCGAAUCAACAAAGUGGCACACGCGACCGUUGAUGCGCGAAAUCACUCUUCGAGAUAAACACGAUUAAAGAUUUUAACAUUUUCAAUUGCUAGUUGCUGUAGGAUUGUGAAGUUUAAUAGAAUAAAGAAUGCACAUACCACUAGCCAGGUAUUUACUCCUGCUUCCCAUUUAAACAUUUAAUCUAAUGAACAUCAAAUCUUGACAUAGCAAUGAUUCAAACACAAGCAUGGCAAGUGUUGUUUUUUGGAAAAUAUUACUUCAGCAUGCGUAGAAACGGCGCGCACGUGUGUGCCAUUUCGUGAAUUAUUUUACAACGGAUUUUGAGGCUAGUGUCGUUUUUUCGCUUUAAUUAUCUUAUUAAUGACAGAGAAUUUGGUCUAAAAUUUUGGUGAAAUGAUAGACCAUAGCCAAGGCAUACUAAAGCUGAAAGAAACUUGAAAUUGAAUACUGAAACAGAAAGAUACUCACAAUUUACUUUUCACAUGAUUUUGGGACGUUGCGCCACUUCAUGGAUUCAGCAACGUCACAGAAUCCACGAAGUGGCACACGCGACAGUUGAUGUGCGUAAUCACUAUUCGAGAUAAACAUGAAUAAAGAUUUUCACAUUUUCAACUGCCCAUUGCUAUAUGAUUGUGAAGUUUAACAGAAUGAAGAAUGCACAUACCAAGAGCCAGUAUCUACUGCUCCAUUCCAUGUUAAAAAUGUAUUGAAUGAACAGUGAUUCAAACACAAGUGUCGUUUUGUGUGUAGAAACGGCGCGCACCUGUGUGCCACUUCAUGGAUUUUUUUACAAAGGAAUUUAAGGGUUGUGUGGCUUUUUCACUUUAUUAUCUCAUUAAUUAGAGAGAAUUGGGUUCUAAAUUUCGGUGAAAUGAUAGACCAUGACUAGAGAAUACUAAAACUGAAAGAAACUAAAAAUCAACUUUUCACAUGAUUUUGGGACGUUGUACCACUUAGUGGAUUCAGCGACGAUGUCUGCACUACAAGAACAAGUGCUUUUAUCAUGAAAUAACAUAAAAUGCGAAAAGUUCCACACAUGCACGCACAACCAGUGCGUUUAUCUUCAUCAUCUUGGAACAGCUCUUACUCUGGAAGAAGAAGAAUCAGCUGCUCUGCAUAUCACAAUAGAGAGUUCAUUAAUAUUCCACUUUUAAUGCAGGGUCUGGGAACCUUGUCACUAGCCUGUGCUGCCGCUUUUAACAGGAAUCCCGCUAUGAAAUACUAUGAGUCUUUACAUCGCAGUUUUCCUGCAAUUCGGGUUGUUUUGUCCUAUUGAUAAUUGUGAGAAACUGAUGAAUAGCCACUUGCUGGAUCACUCUGAAUUUUGACCAGGUACCUUACCACACCAUUGCCCCAUCUUACAAAGAGUUACGAUUGAUCCAAUCGGUCAUAAU